AAGAAGAGUGAGCAGCUUCCGUACAGUCACUUUUUUUAAAUUUAUUUUUAUUUUUUACUAAAAUGGCCAAAUUCAAAGACAAAAAACGAGACAAAAUAAGUGUCGCAAGUGAAAUCGAUCGUGUGGAAGAGCAGCGCGCGCACUGUCAGGAAAAUCUAGAGUGGGCGGAGUUUAGGAGCAGACGAGAGAAACACUCUGAGAAGAAAAGGCAGCAGCUGGCCGAUGAAUUGUCCAUCAUAACUGACAGACUGCAGAAGUUAGACAAGGAGCUGCAGAGUUUACGAGGAGAAAACCGCCGGAACAUGCUGCUGUCGCUCGCUCUGCUCGCUGUCAGUGUUGUCUUCUACUACCUGAUUUUUGAAAAUCAUGAAUCCUCGUGAGUUCAUCGUGAGUCUUAUGUGGAACUGUUGCUGUGAAAACAGCAACACGCUGACAACAGAUAUGAGGACACGACGUGGAGAAUCAAAGUCAUUCCAAUGACGGAAAGUUGUCAUUUUUACCACAGUUCUAUUUGAUUUCUCUACAUUUUGAUGAAUCAAAAUAAGAUAAGGAUUAUUAAUUUGUAAUACCGCUGAAUACAAUGUGACUAGUCACAAUUCCAUCAGAUGUCUUUAUGACAUCACAGAUGCUUUAAUUUCCUGAAUGAUAAUUCCACAUCAAGUCACAACUUCCUUCUGCAUCUCCAUUUAUUUCUUAUAGAUGCCUUAACCGGACAUGCAGCUUGGAAAAACUAAAAAUGUAAGCUUUCUCUAAUGUAUUUCUGUAAAGUCACUACUCUUUUUUUUCCCACAUUUUGACAGUUUGGUUUUGAUGCUUUAGAGAUAAAAAAAAAAAAAAAACAACAAAAAAACACCUGUUUUUAAA